GUACGAGACCUUGCACUGUACGAAUUGGUUGGUGGGUACCUAGUUACGUAGGAAUGAAGGAUCAGGAGAGGUAGAGGUGUAUACAGGACUUAAUAUGGCAGUAAUGAGCUGUUUGAUUAGAAUGUUUCUCAUGAGAGACGAUCAAUUGGUUGUUUUCUUGUCUCUCAUUCGACUAUUAUGUACUGCCAUCGACGUCGUCCUCGUCCUUGUCCUCGGUGUUAUUCCUCCCUUUAUUUCCGGCUAAAACCUGAACUUUAUAUCCUCCACCACACUGACGCUGCAUAUAUUAAUCCCCUACCCCGUACUAUCAGGAAUGCACAUAUAAAUAGCACCCAAGAUCGCCCGUCCCCGGCAUGGAAGAAUUCGAGAAGGAUUCGCUUGUGCUCAAUAUGGAGGACUUGGUAUGUCUUGAUUUUUAUAUACAUCGAUUUCUCCCCCCUCCCAUCCAUCCCUGGGCUCCUGGGGGGUUUAUAUUGUGAAACAUGGCCAACGGUUGGGGAGACGAGGGACUGAGGUCAUAUACGUUCAUGAAGAAAAGUCUCAUUCCGCCAAUUCAUCCACCCAUCACCAACGAGGGGAACA